CACAAUUUUUUGGCUAAAACAAAACACUCUCUUCUUCACUUCCGCGUCUUCUCUGCUCUGCAUUUUUGUGCGCCACUGUGCCUUUUCUGGCCCCCUCUCCCCUCUGCGUCCCCACAUUAUACGCUCUCCUCCUCCCCCAACGUCUCUUUCUCUCGAUUUUCUUAUUCCUCCCUCCAUUCUUUGAUUCCUGUAAUGUAAUGCUGAUGUAAUGCUGUGUUAGCCUUCGCUUUCCAUGGCUAUGGAGCUUCUUCUCGUGGUUCUUGCGCUGCUCUGUGGCCCCUUUUCGUCCUCCGCCGACACCACCGCCCAAACCCUAGCAGAGAUUCAGGCGUUGAUGUCGUUUAAACUUAACCUUCACGAUCCUCUCUCUGCAUUGGGCGGAUGGGAUUCUUCCACGCCAUUGGCGCCCUGUGACUGGCGGGGUGUUGUCUGCACCGCUAAUCGGGUCACCGAACUCCGAUUGCCUCGUCUUCAACUCGCCGGUCGUUUGUCCGAUCAGUUGGCCAACCUGCGGAUGCUGCGCAAGUUGAGUAUCCGCUCCAAUCUAUUCAACGGAACUAUUCCCUCUUCUCUCUCCAAAUGCUCGUUACUUCGUGCUGUUUUCUUGCAGUACAACUCGUUUUCCGGUGCCCUGCCGGCGGAGUUUGGUAACUUGACGAAUCUUCAUAUUCUCAACGUGGCGGAGAAUCGUCUCUCUGGUGUCAUCUCCGGCGACCUACCGCGGAGCUUGAAGUAUCUUGAUCUCUCGUCGAACGGAUUCUUCGGGCAGAUUCCGAGGAGCGUUGUGAACAUGACGAACCUUCAGGUCGUCAACCUCUCGUUCAACAGGUUCGGCGGAGAGAUUCCGGCGAGCUUCGGGGAGCUUCAAGAGCUCCAACACCUCUGGCUCGACAACAAUGUUCUGGAAGGGACAUUGCCUUCUGCUAUUGCUAAUUGUUCGUCGCUCGUUCACUUGAGCGCCGGAGGGAAUGCGCUCCAAGGCGUAAUCCCGGCCGCCAUUGGAGCGCUUCCGAAUCUCCAAGUCAUCUCGCUUUCGCAGAAUAGCCUCUCUGGAUCAGUUCCUUACUCCAUGUUCUGCAACGUCUCGACGCAUGCGCCGUCGCUUCGUAUCGUUCAACUUGGAUUUAAUGCGUUCACGGACAUCGUGAAGCCUCAGAUAGCGACAUGUUUUAGUGCUCUGCAGGUCCUGGACAUCCAGCACAAUCAGAUAAGGGGAGAGUUUCCUUUGUGGUUAACGCGGAUUACGACUUUGACAGUCCUGGAUUUUUCAGUCAAUGAUUUAUCUGGCGAGAUCCCACCCGGGAUUGGGAAUCUUUUGGGACUGCAAGAACUCAGAAUCGCGAAUAAUUCGUUUUACGGGGCGAUUCCCGUAGAAAUCAAGAACUGCGCCUCGCUUUCUGUUAUUGAUUUCGAAGAGAAUCGCUUCACGGGGGAGCUUCCGACGUUUUUGGGCUAUAUGAGAGGUCUGAAACGAUUGUCUCUCGGAGGAAAUCGUUUUUCCGGCGCGGUUCCGGUUAGUCUGGGCAAUCUUUUGGAGCUUGAAAUCUUGAAUUUGGCGGACAACGGCUUGAACGGAACCCUUCCGCUGGAACUAAUGGGACUCGGGAAUUUAACGGCAAUGGAACUCGGUGGGAACAAAUUUUCUGGGGAAAUUCCAACUGGUAUUGGGAACCUCAGUCGCCUGGAGAUUUUGAAUCUGAGUGCAAAUAGUCUUUCUGGGAGGAUUCCGUCCAGUCUUGGCAAUCUGUUCAAGCUAACAACUCUGGACUUGAGCAAACAGAAUCUCUCUGGGGAGUUGCCAUUUGAGCUUUCUGGUUUGCCUAAUUUGCAGGUUAUUGCUCUACAGGAGAAUGAGCUGUCUGGGAAUGUUCCUGAAGGGUUUAGUAGUUUGGUGGGUUUGCGGUAUUUGAAUCUGAGCUCGAACGGCUUUUCCGGCCAAAUCCCUGCAAAUUACGAGUUUCUUCGAUUACUAGUUUCUCUGUCACUGUCAAAUAAUCGUAUCUCCGGGUCGAUUCCUUCAGAGCUGGGAAACUGCUCUGAUCUUGAAAAUUUGGAGGUCCGUUCAAAUACUCUAUCAGGGCAUAUUCCGGCGGAUCUUUCUCGCUUAUCUCAGCUGCAAGAGCUUGAUUUGGGUAGGAAUAAAUUAACUGGGGAAAUACCUGAAGAGAUCUCUCGUUGCUCGUCUUUGGAGUCGCUCCUUCUGGACUCGAAUCAUCUUUCCGGUAGCAUACCGAAGUCGUUGUCGGAACUCUUGAACUUAACCACGCUUGACCUCUCUUCCAACAAUUUGAGUGGUGUGAUUCCCGCUAAUCUUAGCUCCAUUGCUGGAUUGGUGAGCUUAAACGUCUCGAGUAAUGAUCUCGAAGGCGAAAUCCCACCCCCUUUAGGCUCUAGAUUCAACAACUCAUCGGUGUUUGCUAAUAAUUCUGGUCUAUGUGGGGAACCACUGGCUCGGAAUUGUAAGGACACAGAGAAAAAAGAUAGAACGAAGAGGUUGAUACUAUUGAUUGCUGUUGCUGCCAGUGGAGCUUGCCUCUUGACUUUGUGUUGCUGCUUCUACAUUUUCAGCCUGUUAAGAUGGCGGAAGAGGCUCAAAGAGAGGGCGUCAGGGGAGAAGAAAACGAGUCCAGCUAGAGUGAGCUCCGCCGCAAGUGGUGGGCGUGGAAGCACUGAAAAUGGAGGGCCAAAGCUGGUGAUGUUCAACAACAAGAUUACUCUAGCCGAAACAAUCGAGGCCACGAGGCAAUUCGGCGAGGAAAAUGUUCUGAGCCGAACCCGAUACGGGUUGGUUUUCAAGGCUUGUUACAACGACGGUAUGGUGCUCUCAAUCCGCCGCCUCUCAAAUGGAUCAUUGGACGAAAACAUGUUCAGAAAAGAAGCUGAAUCACUGGGAAAAGUUAGGCACCGCAACUUGACUGUUCUUCGUGGCUACUACGCAGGCCCUCCUGAUAUGCGCCUGCUUGUUUACGACUACAUGCCUAAUGGAAACCUUGCCACUCUCCUUCAGGAGGCAUCUCACCAAGAUGGUCAUGUCCUAAAUUGGCCAAUGCGGCAUCUAAUUGCUCUUGGAAUCGCCCGUGGCCUUGCCUUUCUCCAUUCCUCCUCCAUUAUCCAUGGAGAUGUCAAGCCACAAAGCGUUCUAUUCGACGCCGAUUUCGAAGCUCAUUUGUCCGAUUUCGGGCUGGACCGUCUGACAGUCGUCACGUCGGCUGAAGCAUCCACCUCAACCUUGGUGGGAACAUUGGGCUACAUUGCACCAGAGGCAGUGCUAACAGGGGAAGCCACCAAGGAAUCAGAUGUCUACAGCUUUGGCAUAGUGUUGCUAGAGAUUCUAACGGGGAAGAAACCGGUGAUGUUCACAGAAGAUGAAGACAUUGUCAAGUGGGUGAAAAAGCAAUUGCAAAGAGGCCAAGUUACAGAGCUCCUAGAACCAGGCUUGCUUGAGCUGGAUCCUGAAUCAUCAGAGUGGGAAGAGUUCUUGCUGGGCGUGAAAGUUGGAUUGCUCUGCACUGCACCCGACCCCCGUGAUCGGCCGACCAUGUCCGAUAUCGUUUUCAUGCUCGAAGGCUGCCGAGUCGGGCCGGACAUCCCCUCCUCCGCCGACCCCACCUCCCAACCCUCGCCGGCAUAACCCCCCACCCCACCCCAUUUUUACCCAACUUGGAAUUUUUAACCGUAACUGAUUUGAAUGUAAUUUCAUUUUCCAUUGUCAAAAAGUUCUUUCUUUCUUUUGUUUUUUAUCAGUUCCUUUUUUGGGGCUUCCAUGAUUGUGUUGUUAUGAUUGAUUCCCCGGCCUCGGAGAAAAAUGGGGUAAAGCAAGCGCCGGGACUUGAAAAAAGAAACCCCGAAAACCAAAAACAAACAGUCAACGAUUUGGACAGGCGGGAGGGUAUCGUAAUCGUAUCAGUUUUGGACGAAA